GACCAUCUACAGCACGAUAUAUCGUUAUCGUUCUAUUCCUAGUUAUUAUAGUGAUUAUAGUUACGCGACUGCAUGGCGCAUCAAAUCACUGAACCAGACAAAGAGAUGUGGAACAAUGUGGAACGCAGGUGGAACGUAACAGAAGAGAACGGUUUGGGAAACGGGACGAAGGUUAUGUUAGGAUGGUUUCAGUGUAGGGAUAUGCAGAAGGUGACAGUAGGACGAAGUUGUGAAAAUUUUACCGCCAAAGAAUGUUCACAUAAGAUGUCAGAUCUCUGCCCCCUUUGCCUCUCCAAGGGCAGAAAGUCUGAGCUGAAAUAUUUUCAGAUGAAUCUCACAGAAGUUGCCAGAAUGUGUGCAGAAGCUACUUGUACCUAUCCAUUUGCAUUGGCAUAUACUGAUACGCUGAUAAAGCGGAAUUUCAUGGACAUGGAUCUUGAUGAUGGCAUCAAAUUGGAUGUGGAAUCUCUUGAAGAGCAAGAGCCAGGAGUUCCAUUCCACUCUUUACCAGAAGUGAAUGAGAUUGAAACUGAACCAGUUAAGGAUGCAAACUUGCCAAGUACAAUCCAGUCAGUAUCAACAAAAGGAAAUGAAAAUAUCUCUGACUUCAUUGAUCCAUUAGAUUCUUAUGACUUUUAUAAUGAAAAUAUGAAAGAUUGGGACAGUUUUAUUCCAGAUUUGGAAAGUUUAUUUAGAAGCCUCGAAGAAGACACAGUUAUUGUUAACGGUGAGAAUGUAUUAUCAAUAGACAGUGAUGUGACAAAACUCAACAAUGGAUUAUCAGCAGACAGUGACAUGAAGAAAUUGAACAGUGCAUUAUCAGUAGGUGAUGACUUAAAGAAACUGAACAGUGGAUUAACAGUAGAUAGUUUUGUUCCACAAGCUGAAGGAACAGUAGGAAAUGAUGUGAUAUCAGAAGUUCAACUGAAAGAGUUGUUUGCAGACAUCGGGGAAGAUAAAGAUAACUUGGUGAUGACUGAAUCAUGUCAGUCAGGAUCCACAGAUAUUUGUACUAAGUGGUCAGAGGCAAGUAGCUAUUUGGAGGAUACUGUGGACAGGCAUAUAACUAAUGGAAAUUAUAGUCAGGAAUUGGCUUUGACUUUACUGUGUGGUGAAUCAGAACAUAGUGGCAGUACUGCUGCAGGGCACCCAACACUCAACAGAUCUACAUCUCCUGCAACAAGGACCAUGCAAGAUCUAAAUAUUUCACAGCAUUCAGUGGCUUCUGAAACUGUAGUUACAGAUGAUUCAGUAGUGCAUGCUGGUCAAGGAACAGUUAGUGGAGAAAUCCCUUCACAGCCUUUCACAAAAAGGAAAGUCAGAGCUGAUGAAACUUCUAAUUUAAAGACAGCUAUUUUGACUUCACAAGAAGAAUCAUGUGGACAGCUGAGUCAUACUGAAAUUUUACAUUCCAUGACAAAUGAUAAUAGAACUGAAACUGAAAACAGGACAGCUCUUAUGACUUCUGAAGUUUGUACACCUGGGGUGACACCCUACACAGUGAGAGAGGUACAGGAUCACUCGUACUCCAAAGUAAAAGAUGAACACUUUAUUUCAACUUCACAAGAAGAAUCGUUUAAAUUACCAAGUCAUGAUGAAACAUCACAUUCCUUUUCAACUGUUGAUGAUACUGUCAGUGGAAGAAGUAUGGGUGAUAUAGCUGUAGAAGUUAGUAUACCUGGGUUGACAGCUUCUGCAGUGAGAGAAGGACUAGCCCCCUCAGCCUUCAGCAUGAAGGAUCAGAAUGUGACUGAUCAGUUGAAUGUUGGGACAGAUUGUCCAGUUAUCACAGAACAUUCAUUUCCAGUGACAGCUGGCAUUCAUGAUGUGAGUCAGCUCCUUUCUGAAACAGAUAUUGGAGACUUGACUGUUGACAUUUUGAAUUUGGCAUUAAAUGACAUACCUGUUGGACAAAAUGUAACAGUUAUGUCUUGUGACAUGGAAAGUAUGGUCUCUGGCACUGAAACAAAGGAAGCAUCAUUUAAAGCACUGGAGACAAGUCAUCCAUAUAUGACAGAAAAUAUGUUAAGAGUAAAAAAUGAUAAUACAAGCACAAGCCAAUUGCAUUCAAUAAAUGAAGGCAUUCAAGGAACAGAUCAGGCAGUGAUGUUAGGGAUGCUGAUAAAGAAAAAUAAGUUAAGUGCAGAAGAGAAUACAUGCACAGUGACAAAUUGUAUUCCUAAUGUUCCUGUUAACAUAAAUUCAAGUAAUGUACAUUUGAUGCACUGUACAAAAACAACAGAUUCUGAUGUGAAUCCUUUACAGAAGCCGACCCACACAACUAAAGGUAGACAAACGGCAAUCGCAAGGAGGAAUUCUGUAGGGAUGGAUUGUCCUCAGCUUUCUGCAGUUGGUUCAGAUGUGGAACAAGUGGAAACUAGAAGCAGAACUGAUUUACAAAAGAAUGAGCUGUGUUCUUGGAGCAGGGCAAGGAAGAAGAUGAAGAAUGACUUGAAAAUAGAUGACUUAAAGUAUAGUUCUGUCACUAAUGGGAAAAAUCAGGUUGAUGUUACAAAUUCAGAAAGACUAAGUGGGCCAGAGAUUACCAUUGCCUCAGCAGCAAACAGUAAAAAGCCUCUUUCUUCAGUAUCUUUAGCAGCAGCUACUCAGAAGAGGUCAAAAGAUGACAUCACUAUAUCCCAAGCAGAUCAGAAUAAAAGUACAGAAAUACCUGCUUUACCUCCAGGAUCAUAUUCCCAGCAAAAUAGUUCAAAAUUAUGCGAUACCCAGAAGAACAAAUUGAUUAGAAAAGAAACAGUCAUUGAUAAAACAAGUAGCAGUUUAAAGUCACAUAUAUCAUUUGCACAUAUUAAGAGAGAGAAAUUUGCUGGCUUCACUUUUGAAAAACCUUUAAUGCCACAAGAAAAUCGGGGGAGAUACUCUAAAAAGGAUAACAGGUCAAAGACAAAAGGAUUCUCAAAGGGCAUGAAGAAACAUCGACGGAAUAAUAAAGCAUUACCGUCACUGACUAACCAUGCAUACCCUGAUCCUUCAACUCCAAACACAUCCAACACUGAUUCCAGCAACAAACUUUCAAUGUUGGAAGCCCAAUGCAGUAUUGAAGGUAAUCAAGUUGAAAAUACAAAUGAGUUACAUUGUACAAAUACAGAAUCUGAUAUUGAAAUUUCACGUUGGAUUCAGGAGUUACUGAUGUAAGAUUAAUUUUAAUUUAUUUUAUAUUACACUUGUUUCAUAAAAAAGUAAAGUUAUAUCUGUAACAGGCUGU